GCCCUUCUCCGGCGGCUGGCGGCGGAGCGGAGCCGCCCGGUCCCGGUGACCGGGGGCAGAGCAACCCCCCGCACCCGGAAAAUGCCGCCGGAAGCGUUUUUUGUCUAAUUACGCCAAAUGACCUCCGCCUCCGGCAGUGCCCGCAGCCGCAGUCCGGCCGCCCUCCGCCCGCACCUGCUCUCCACGCCCAUCUUCUACGCUAACGGGCCGCCGCACAUCGGGCACCUCUACUCCGCCCUGCUCGCCGACGCGCUGCACCGCUACCGCGGCCUCCGCGGCGCCGGCCCGGGCCGCCUCUCCACGGGGACGGACGAGCACGGGCUGAAGAUCCAGCAGGCCGCGGCCGCGGCGGGGACGUCCCCCCCGGAGCUGUGCGAGCGGGUCUCGGGGCUCUUCCGCCAGGCCCUGACCCGGGCCGCCGUCUCCUUCACGGACUUCGUCCGCACCAGCGAGCCCCGCCACCGGCGAGCCGUGUGCCAUUUCUGGGGGGCGCUCCGGGACGGCGGGGCUCUCUACAAGGGCCGGUACGAGGGCUGGUACUGCACGGCCGAGGAGAGCUUCCUGCCCGAGAGCCAGCUGGGCGAGCGCAGGGAUGCCCAGGGCCGGCCCUGCAAGGUGUCGCUGGAGACCGGCCACCAGGUGCACUGGACCCAAGAGGAGAACUACAUGUUCAGGCUCUCGGCGUUCCGGGGCCCCUUGCGGGACUGGCUGCGGGACAACCCCCAGGCCAUCACCCCGCAGCCUUUCCACCGGCGCGUGCAGCGCUGGCUGGAGGAGGAGGACCUGUCGGACUUGUCCGUCUCCCGGGAGAGGAGCCGCCUGCCGUGGGGCAUCCCCGUCCCCAGCGACCCCACCCAGACCAUCUACGUGUGGGUGGACGCCUUGGUGAACUACCUGAGCGUGGUGGGCUACCCCGAGGGGCACGGCCAGUGGUGGCCCGCUGCCUGCCACGUGGUGGGCAAGGACAUCCUCAAGUUCCAUGCCGUGUACUGGCCGGCGCUGCUGAUGGCGGCGGGGCUGGCCCCCCCCGAGCGGAUCUUGGUGCACUCCCACUGGACCGUCCGCGGGCAGAAGAUGUCCAAAAGCCUGGGCAACGUGGUGGACCCCACCGCCUCCAUGGAGCACUACACGGUGGACGGGUUCCGGUACUUCCUGCUGAGGCAGGGGGUCCCCGAGCGGGACUGCGACUAUUACGAGGAGAAGGUGGUUAAACUGCUGAACGCGGAACUGGCCGACGCGCUCGGGGGGCUCCUCAAUCGCUCCACGGCCCCCAGCAUCAACCCCAGCAACACCUACCCCUCCUUCUCACAGGCUUGUUUCCCAAAGCUCUUGGACCACCGGGAGGCAAAUGGCCUGGGCAGGGCUUGUGCUGAGGACUACGAGCUGGUGGCCUCCGUGGCCUCUCUGCCUGGGGAGGUGGCUGCUUAUUUCGAAGGUUUCCAGAUCUACAAGGCGUUGGAGCGCGUCGCCCUGUGCGUGAGGCAGAGCAACGGCUUCUUCCAGAGACACAAGCCUUGGAAACUGGACCGCAGGGACCCUGGGGAGCGGCGCUGGCUCGACACCAUCCUCCACGUCACGCUGGAGUGCCUGCGCGUCUACGGGACGCUGCUGCAGCCCGUCACCCCCCAGGCUGCCCACAGGCUGCUGUCCCGCCUGGCGGUGGGGCCGCAGGAGAGGGGGCUCUCUGCUCUCACCUUCCUGCCGCGGUACCACGGCCACCCCUGCCCCUUCGAGGGGCGGCAGCUGGGGCCCGACACCGGGCUCCUGUUCCCCAGGCUGGAGAUGCCCGGGCAGCCUCGGGCAGACCCCGGGGAGCUCCGCUCUCCCACAAACUGCUGUAAAUAAACCCCCGGGAGCUCCCGGAAAACCUGG